CCCCAGCCCCAGCGCCCCGCUUUGGCGACCCUGGACGCUGAGCUCAGCUGGAAGCCAGCGUGAGCCCAGAGGACACCCACAAACGUUGAGAUCGAGGGGGGCCUUCGGGUUUCAGCAUCCUGUAAGACUCUACUUACCCAUGUCGAAGCGCGAAGAGUACCUGCAGGGCUCCGGGGAGGACGUGCUGGCCAGCUUCCCCGUGCAGGCCACCAUUCACUUCUACAACGACGACUCCGAGUCCGAGUCCGGGUCCGAGGCCGAUGAAGAGGAGCGCGGGGAGGAAGCCAGGCCCCCGGAACUGCAGCGCCAGGAGCCCAAGGCCCAGGCGGGCGCGGCAGAGCCUGGCUGCAGCGCCCAGCAGAGGAAGGGGCGGCUGCCCCUCGGGGCCUCUCCAGGGGCCGGCGCUUACUCCUGGUCCAGAUGACCCGGGUCUCUCGAGCCAGCCCCGCCGGAACCCUGCCACGGCCUGCUGACAGCUGGUGUCCUCUGGUCAUCAGAGGCCAGGCCGCCUGAGCUGCCGCUGCUCUGCUGCUGCCUGUGGCCAGGACUCGGCUUUUCCUUCUUCUUCUCUUGUGACUUUUCCUGAGCCAGCGAGGGGCACGGGGAGGUUUGUGUCAACACCGGCCGUCAUGGAGAAAGGCCAUCCCGCGUGGUCACCGGCUGAGACCACACCGGGCUCCCACCUAGGUCAGCGACCCAGCCUGCCGCUCACUUCAUCCCUCGCUGGCUCUUCCCCUCCUUCUGCCUCUGCAAAAGUAACUUAGGUAUCAAAGCCCGAUUUUAAUCCAUUCUCCAAGGGCUCAUUUGGUUGCUUUGUAACGUUCUGGGGAAAAUAUUUACUCAUAAAAAAAAUUUAAAA